UGACAGGUUGAAGGUUUGGGGGGUAGGAGGAACAAAGAAAGGCGUGUAAGUCCAUUAUUUACAGUCAGUUGCCCCGCAUACAUAUUCGCGUCGCGUGGGGAAGGGGAGCAGGAGGAGGAAGAGGUUCGAUGUUCAGUUCCCUCCGUUUUGGCAGCUAGGCACGGUGGGCAUUGGGCGCUGUCCUGGUUUCGCGGCCGGUGCUGAAGGCGGGAGCGGGCUCCGGCUGGGAGCCGUGGGCCGGAGCCGUGGGCGCUGAGAGCGCUGUCCCCGCUCCCGGCCGGCGCCGCGCAGGCAGCUGAGGGGCACGGCAGCCCGGCCGGGGCUCUCCUUGCAACCGCGGGAACGUCUCUUUAAAGGGGCCAGGAGCCGCUUCGUCGGCCUGUCCGAAGCGCACCCUUUAAGCCUUUAGGAGAGGGCGCUUCGGCCGUGCCUCGGCGGCGGGACGGGACAGGGUGCCGGCCGCCUCCCCGCGCUGCCGGGUCGUGCCGGGCGUGCGGCGGGAGUCUCCCGGCUCCAUGUUCAUAUUUGGCGUUGGCCGCCGGUGCCCAGGAAUUUCCCGUCAUGCUCCCCGGGCGGCGGGCCCGUCACUGCGCUCCCGCGGGGCGGGGGGGCCGGGGCCGCUCGCUCGCUCCCUCGGGCCGCUCCCAUGCGCGCUGCGCCGCCGCCGCUGCUCCCCGCGCUCUGCCUGGCGCUGGCGGCCGCCGCAGGAGCCGCAGCUCUUGCCCCUGUUCUUUGCCUCUGGUUUUGUUGGUGAGGAUAUCACAGUGAUGUCUGCAUUCAACCUGCUGCAUUUGGUGACAAAGAGCCAGCCAGUGGCCCUGCGAGCCUGUGGGCUUCCCUCAGGGUCAUGUAGGGAUAAAAAGGACUGUAAGGUGGUCUUUUCCCAGGAGGAGCUGAGGAAGCGGCUGACACCCCUGCAGUACCAUGUCACUCAGGAGAAGGGGACUGAAAGUGCCUUUGAGGGGGAAUACACACACCAUAAAGCUCAAGGAAUAUACAAAUGUGUUGUUUGUGGAACUCCUUUAUUCAAGUCAGAAACAAAGUUUGACUCCAAUUCAGGUUGGCCUUCUUUUUAUGAUGUGAUCAGUCCUGAUGCAAUUGCUUUCAACGAUGAUUUCUCCUAUGGGAUGCAUCGAAUUGAAAUAUCCUGCAGUCAGUGUGGUGCUCACCUGGGGCAUAUUUUUGAUGAUGGACCUCGCCCAACUGGCAAACGGUACUGCACAAACUCUGCUUCGUUAUCUUUCAAGCCAGCAGACAAGAACAACGCUGGAGAAGGCAGCGGUAAUGCCAGUCCUGCCCAAACAGGCAAAGCUGAGCUGUAGGAUGAAGCAGAGCCUACGGAAAACUGUUGAUCCCAUACAUCUUACAAGGAAUGUUUUCUAGUUUUCAAGUUGCCUGCUCUCUUAUAUCCUAAGAAUGUUCAAAUCUAUGAAAGCAUUUUGCACCAUCCUUCCUCUUCCUCACCUUUUCAGAACUGAGGCCUUGCCUGCCAGUGCAUUUACUGUAUAAUUGGAUUGAAAAAUGUAUUGACUGAGUCCACAGGUUUUCUUUUUUAUUCUCUUUGAGAUUGCUUUGGGGAAUCUUUAAAUUGAGAGGCUUUGACAUCAUUAGUUAUUAGUUUCUUCUUAACACUAUGUUACUCUAGGUUUACACACUAUUCCUUUUUGUGUGGGAAAUGGGACUUGCGUUUAUCUCCAGUCUAUAGGAAACUUCUGGGCAUAAGAAAAUCCUGAAUUCCUAGCACAUCUCUGCUUUGUUCUGACAUGUGAGGCAUGCAGCCUUUGGUCAUAUGUAUUCAACCAUCUCCCAGCAUCAGCCACACCUUGCAAAAACUUGUAGUUAUGUCUGUUCCUUCCCAACUGAAAGAGAUGGAUGAGAUGUUAAAACCAUCCUUUGGCUAAUUUACUGCCAAAAUUUCAAGGGUGUGGUUGAGAGGAUAUAUAUUGUCUCAGCAUCUGUGUUUCCCCUUUGUUUAGUAUUUAAAUCAAGGUUUUAUCUAGUAAGGCUCACUUUUGCAGGUUACUAAUGAGGCUUUGUCUGUUUUCGAGGCCUGUUCAACAAGAGUAACGCAAAUCUGAAUUAAAGUUGAAAUCCGCAGGGGGUAAUUAUAUGGGCAAGUGCAGAGAUAAUCUUGCAAAGUGAAGUAGAUGAAGGAUGACACUAGGCUCUUUAUCUUGUCAGUUGCUGCAAGGAUUCAGAAACAUGACAGUUUCUGCUAGAGAGAAGUUUAGGAAUGAAAUGAAGUAGAAGGAGGGAGACCCUCCUGACAUAUGCAGUUUUAAAGAUUAUCUGGUCUGGAUGCAUACUGCAUACAAGAUUCAAUCUUUAAUUUGUGCAAUUGAAAUGUAGGACAUGAGUGACAGUGUUGGUGUAAGAAAUUAACUCAAAAAAAAGCCUGUCUCAGUUCCAGAAAUUUUCAUGUAGCAAAAUUCACUGUCCCAUAAGAUGUUUUUCACAGCUACUUUUUGAUUCUGUUGAAUAACACUUAGAAUUGUGCAUAAUACUGUUCUUUAAGUUAAACUAUACAGUAUUUGCUAACGCCACUUUGCCUUUAAACACUGAGUGACUUAAUGAAUACGGUAUUUACUUCUACUAGCAAACUUUGUGACUAGCAUGUUUGGAUCCAAUUUUAUUUUUAGUAGGAACAAAGCAACCACUGAUUUUUAUGGAAGCAGGAUUGAGGUUUUUAUGUCAGUGAUAAUAAACAUAUUAUCUAAAGUUCAAACACCCUUCAGUUGAAAUAUAGCUACUGUGAAAGCAUAUGGAAUGGUCAUAAUUGCCUUUUUUUAAACAACAUUAGAAAGACAUGAAAAAGACAUACUGUGUCGUUCUAAUUAGGAACGGCGGGAAGAACGACACGGACUCUCAAAGGAGUCAGAACAGGAGAGAAUCUCUAGUUUAUUGUUACAGCCAUGUUAUAUAGACUAGUUCGUGAUGAGUACAGAAAGGAAACUCUUAUUGGUUAGUAAAGUGCUACAUUACCAUCAUUGGUCAGUGGGGUUCACCACCCCCUGACUUUCUCCUGCAAGGAAAACACGGGAAAAGACAAACAGCACCUGCAGGCUGUUUUCUGUCUUUGAGGAUUGUUUUGAAUCCUCCCAUGAAAUUCCCAGGCUAGCUUCUCAGGCAGGGCUGGCAGGCCAUGGGGCCUGCAGCUUGCUCUAAAGCUAGCCUCCACAAUACUGCACCUUAACAUUUAAUAGAUGCAAAUAAGGAUGAUAAGUAUUUACAGCUAAAACACUUGGGCUCUGCUGCAGUGAGCAUCUUCUCAUGUGAGUAUUCCCCCAGAUGUCAUGCAAGGAAUUGCUCUUUAGCUGCAGGAAAGGUUGUGCAGAUUGACCUUUGGUGUUUCAAGACAGCCGAGUUUUUCCUAGUGUUGUUAGGUUUUAGCAAUUUCUUCUAGAAGGGCUGCUUUUAUCCUUUGCUGUUAUUUAAAGAAUAGAAGGUUUUCUCUACCACAUUUUCUGACAUAAACAUUAAAAAGGCAGCAUCUAUAAAAAUGUGGUACAUAAAUGUGGUUUAAUUCCAGAUUGCUCUUCGAUUUAAGUAUUAUCAAAUUUCAGUAUAUUCCUGCCUUAUGUUAAAGAAAUAUAUUAGUUAAGCUUCAGAACACAGUAAUGUAUGCUGUCCUACUGAAGAUUUAUUUUUGCAGGAUAUGGGAUGCAAUGAAAUGAAUCAAUAUGGUGAGGUGUAUGUGAUCUCUGGGAGUCAGAUCAUUUGAUAUAGGAAAUGCAUUGUUCUUGUGCCCAAGCUAUACCACAGCACAGUGCAAGGUAA